UCUUAUGCAGAACAAAAUCUUGCUCAUAGUUAUAACUUAUAAACUUGUAGUUCUUCCUCCCACACAAGCCACCACAAUCUGAGUCUGACACAAAAAGAUGGAAGGGGUUGAGGGAAGCAGUAGCGGCGGAGCACCGUACACAUUAAAGGCAACAAAGUACAACAACGAAGACAUACUGUUCUGUAUUGACGUUGACUCAGAAAGUAUGUCCGAAAUGAAGAAUACGGGUCCAAAUGGUCGACCCAUAACCCGACUUGAUUCAAUUAAACAAUCCAUACUUUUAUUCAUCCAUGCUAAACUCACCAUCAACCCCAAUCAUCGUUUCGCUUUCGCCUCUCUCUCCAAAUCUGCUUCUUGGGUGCGAAAGGAGUUCACUAGUGAAGUUGAUUCUGCAACUGCUGCAUUUAGAAGUUUGUCUGUGAGCUCAUCAGGGGGUCAUGCAGACCUUACCCAGCUGUUUCGGAUUGCAGCUCAUGAAGCGAAAAAAUCAAGGUCUCAGAAUCGAAUAUUAAGAGUGAUCUUACUAUAUUGUCGUUCAUCGCUACAACCGCGAUUUCAAUGGCCUGCAAACCAGAAACUCUUCACUUUGGAUGUGAUCUACCUUCAUGACAAGCCAGGACCUGAUAAUUGCCCCCAAAAAGUGUAUGAUGCUCUUGUAGAAGCACUGGAACAUGUUACAGAGUAUGAGGGCUACAUCUUUGAAAGUGGUCAGGGCUUACAACGGGUUCUUUUCCGUCACAUGUGCUUGUUAUUGUCACACCCUCAGCAGCGAUGCCUACAAGACGACCUUGGUUUACCCACGACCCUAGCAAAGAAAUUGCCAGCAACUGACUCUACACCAGGUGAAGACACCAUCUCUGUGUCUAGCCAAUGAGAAUGUUGAUGACUUGGUAUUCAGUUUCUGCAGCAGGUGUUAAGGUGAUUUAUUUUUCGAGAUUUUGCUGUAAUUAUCAAGGUCAUCUUCAGGCAUUGUAUGAAAGUUGAAAAAAAGGCAGCAGUUGCAACUUUUCUUUUCUUCUUCUUCUUCUUCUUUAGCUUUUCUCUGCUAAACUGCUUUGCUUUCAAGUCAGCAUUAUGUAAAUUUAGGAGCUUUUAACGGCUGUUGCUCAGUAGGUGUAAUUGGAGUAAUAUGACUAAUAUCAAUUUAAUUCUCGUUACUACAUAA